CUUACAUCCGCUUUACGAGAAUGCCCGUUUGAUUUACUAACGGGUUUUUUUAAUUAGAUUGACGCUUUCUUUAAUCGUUGACCAAGCACAUAAAUCAAACGCACAGUACUACAAGAAAAUAUAUGAACCGGAAGACUGGAACAAACUUACGAAGGAGAAAAUAGAAAUCGAAGAACUGAGCGACGAUUUUAAAAAUGUUGUGAACGAAGUCAUUCAGUGUAAAGGGAAUGUGCCCUCAGAAGAGGAGCAAAUUCAUUGACAAGGGCUUAAUCUCAGUACAUCGUAGCAACAAAGGCUACUCUAGUACGUACAAUACCCCGUCAACAUCAAGUCGUCUGCUUGUGAUCAAACGUCUCAACGCUAAUAAUUGUCAUAAGCACCGGCAAAACCUACCUUUCCGUAAACAGAAUGCCCUCCAAGCAUUAAAACAGCUAUCACACCAUAUGAACAUGCUAUUGCAAACGGAUAUCGACAAUGAAAUUUUACAAGGCAUUGAUAUUUUGGAUUAUUUGAUACGAUACCUGAGUUCUGGUGGUCAAAAGUCUGACACUUAUUGUAACAGUGUCGGCCCAGAUACUUACAAUCGGGAACGUGAAUGGGUAGACAGUGUGAAUCAAUAUAUAAGAAUAUCCACGCCUAUUACUCCAUAUUCAACCAUGCGGUUGACCGCAAGUCAUCCUAUCGUCUGAACCAUGCGUUGUCGAUCGUCAACCAUGCAGGUCGGAUAUCGUCGUAACGUGGGGGGCUCGCAUCGGCCGAAACAAAAAAAGUAAAAUCAAACAAUGAACGGUUGUAUGGUCCUGGUGGCAGUUUCGCCGCUACCCAUAACGUUAUAGGACGAAAGAUCGAUUGUUACCAUUGAAGACACUGAAAUCGCAU